AUGUCAUCAAGCUGCGUCUCCGGGUUUUCAGGUCCUGGAAGUUGCAGAGUGGGAGCUGGUGAGUCGUCCAUAGUCCGCCCGCCGGGUACACACGGAGGGAGCAGGUUAGUGGUCCAGAAUGCCCCUUCCAUUGACUCUUCAGGCUCGUUUAGCCAAGAGAGGGAUUCUGAAGCAUGUGGAAUCAGAACCCGCAGAAGAGGUCAUCGCAGAGGAUUAUGACGACGAUAAUGUUGAUUAUGAGGCAACCCGGAUAGAGAAUCUUCCUCCAAACUGGUACAAAGUGUUUGAUCCAGAAUGGGGCCUCCCUUAUUACUGGAAUGUGGAGACGGAUAUGGUGUCAUGGUUGUCUCCGAAUGAUCCCACUGCUAUUAUCAGCAAAAGCACAUUCAAACACAAAGAACCCGAGGAAAAGUUGGAGCGGUCUGAUAGACUAGAGAGGCCUGAGCGGUUGGAACGGGUUGAGAGGGAAGAGGUAAAAGAGAGAAGACACAGCCGAAGGGAUGAAGUGGCUCCUUAUCCUAAAUCUAAAAAAGGGAGGAAAGAGGAAGAAAUUGAUCCCAUGGACCCCAGUGCUUACUCUGAUGCUCCAAGGGGUACCUGGUCCACGGGACUUCCUAAAAGAAAUGAGGCUAAAACUGGAGCAGACACCACAGCUGCAGGACCCCUGUUUCAACAGCGGCCAUAUCCCAGCCCAGGAGCCGUGCUUAGAGCCAAUGCCGAGGCAUCCCGCGCUAAACCAGUGGAAUAAGAAUAUCCGCUUGAGUGACGUUCUGUGUUUUCCUACCCUGUACAGUUUUCUGCUUGGAUGUUUUAUGUUUGUGCGUGCAAAAUAAACUGUCUUUUUAUUAUUUAUUGGA